AUGCGCCAAUCAACUUUGUACCCAUUUUUAUGCCUCUGCAGGCUCGCUGAAAGCAUUGACCUCUCGUCAAAACGCGGCCUUGCAUACCACGGAGACGACCAUAAAUCAGAUAAUGAGCUCCUGAUCUCGAAUAAUUCUGAGAUCGCGUGGUAUUACACCUGGUCGCUUUGGCAAAACGACCAAAUCGGCAGUUCUUUACCAUUCGUGCCAUUAAUUCACGGCCUCGACGAUGCAUCGGAUUCUGAGCUCGAGUCGCGCCUAAAUGGACUACCCGAAUCAUCUACGCACCUCCUCACCUUCAAUGAGCCAGAUGGCGAAACAGACACCGGCGGAAGCGCGAUAUCUGCCAAAGAUGCAGCGCGCGCUUACAUAGAGCAUAUUGUCCCGCUGAGAAAAGCAAAGCGCAAGUGGUCAAUCAGCCAUCCCAGCGUUACCGGCUCACCACGCGGUCUCGAAUGGCUACGAGACUUUAAUGAAUCCUGCUACGACAUUGACGACCAUGGUUGUCCUACAGAUUUCGUCGCGGUGCAUUGGUACGGCGACGCAGGCGGUCUUAAAAAUUGGCUGGGAAGUUUGCGCGAGUUUUACAAUGAGACGGCGCCUGACGCACGGUUCUGGAUUACGGAAAUGGCUCUACCGAAAGGCGAUGACGAUGAGACGCUGGCUAUGAUGAAUGAGAGUCUUCCGUAUCUUGAUGAUAGCGAUGAUGUCCAGGCCUAUGCAUGGUUUGGAGCAUUUAGGAAGGAUGAUGCGAAUGAGUGGACUGGGGAUAGCGUGUCGCUGUUUGAUGAUGAUGGGGGUUUGACGAAGCUGGGUGCGGAGUAUUUGGGUGGUGAAGAGAAGGGAUUUGAGGAGGGAAUGAAGGGGGACUCGGCGGGAAGUUUACAGUCGCCUUCGAUGGGUAUCAUGCUGGCCAUGGCCCUGAUUUCGCUAGUUCAUUUUUGGUGA